CCCAGCACCAGCCCCCCAGACUCAGCAGAAGACACAGACACAGACACAAUCCCCUUCUCAACACGCGCGCACUGGAUACGGCGCGCAAACGCCGCGCUCUCGGCCCUCUCUUCACCCUGUCCCUUUGCAGCCUUCGGCACCGUCAUCGUAAAACACACUUCCCCCUCCAAACCCAACUCCAACUCCGACCCCAACGCCUUGGGAGAAAUAGUCUGCAUGUCCGUAAACGCGAACCAGCAGACGGGGAACCCGAUACUGCAUGGCGAGAUGGCGGCUAUUAAUGCGUGCACGGUUGUGCUAGAGGGCAGGGGGUGGAGUCCGGAGGAGAUUGGGGGGGCGUGGAGGGAGUUGAGUUUGUAUACAAAUGCGGAGCCUUGUCCUAUGUGUGCUUCUGCAAUCAGGUGGGCGGGGUUCAAAGAAUGUAUAUUUGGGACGAGUAUCGAGACAUUGGUUGAGAAGGGCUGGGGACAGAUUUCUAUUAGCGCAGACGAGGUGUUUGCGGAAUCAAUGGAGUUGCCGGGACGGACACGGCUGGUUGGGGGGGGUGCUUGCUAA